UGAGCCAGUCCUGGGCAUGAUGCCAGUCAAUCACAGGGCACACUCAGGUACAUUUACCCUGUUUGGUCCAAUUUGAAGUCACCCAUUAACCUAAAACACACGCAAGGAUGUGGGAGAAAAAACGUGACUUGAGCAGGAGGAAGCAGCACGACCCACUGUGCCACCAUGAAAUUUACAGUAUUUUAAAACACUGAAAACUAGAAGUAUAAAAAAAGGUGGCAUCACUGAGAUGUUUUAACACAUUCAAAGGAGUCAUUUCCUGUAAACUUACAGACUGCAACUGACUGCUGAUGUUGUUCAUUUUUAUCAUCUGUGGUGCUCACUUGAGGACAAGUGCAGGAUGCAGACCUUUGAAUUUUGCCUCCUGAUUUGUCUGAUUGCAGUGAUGCCUUCAGUCCAUAAUGCAGAAAAGCCAAAGGUGAAGAUAAGUAGUGGAGAAAAGCCGGUGUAUGUUGGUGACACAGUGACCGUGGAAUGCAGCCAUGAAAGCGACAGGAGUGACUCUACAGGCUGGAGAUAUUGGUGGUACAGAAAUGGGGGUCACCCAUCACAAGGCCAGAAGACUGAAAAAGUCACAGUGGAUCAGCCUGGCAGCAUUACAUACCAGUGUGGUGUUAAAAACGAUCACUACACAUCCCCAUACAGUGAUCAUGUUACACUGACUGUUCUGGAGCUCCCUAGUCAGCCAAUCCUGAGAGUCCUGCCCAGUACAUCAGUGUGGAAAGGGGACACUGUGACCCUCAGGUGUCUGUCUAAGAGUGGACUGACAGGGACAAAAGUGACAUACACAUUCCAGAAAGGACAGAAAUCUGAGAUUAAAAAAACUCCACAGAAUGAGCACAAAAUCAAUUUAGCUAAACAGAACCAUACUGGAAGUUAUUGGUGUGAGGUGGAGGAAGGGAAGAAGAAGGACAAGAAAAAAAGUGAUGAAGUGCAGUUAACUGUGAAAGGUAAGUGAAGAAGUCUACUCCACAGGUCCUUGUCUCUCUUUGUCUCUUCUUUGAUGACAUUUCCUUCUCUGUCUAAUGACGCCAUAACUUCUCUUAAGAUACCCAACAGUUUGCAUUGAUAGAAUUAAGGAGUCUGAGCAGCACCACACACUCAAUGUC